AUGUCACCCACCAAGGACAGUGUUAAAAAACAAAUUCAGCGUUCCUUUUCCAUUGAAAGUAUUCUGUCACUUCCCUCACCUGAAAAGACAGAGGAUCCUACAGGUGGCCCGAAACAGUCUUCGUGGGUUCCGAAGGAGCAGUGUUUGGGAGAUCUUGCCCCCAACAAUGAGCCGGUGGUAACUGUCUGCAACUGUUGCUGUUGCUCACACUCUAACCAUCGCUCUGCACAGGAAACAGCAUGGUUUGGUGAGUACAGGAACCUUCUUAAAUCUGUAUAGUUAAUGCCUAGAAGUGUUGGACAUCUCAGUAAAAUUAUAAUGGCGAGUAUAACACUUGCAGGGUUAUUUAUUAAAGUGAGAACUGUCCUUAACUUCCAAUUUAGGGGAAAAUAGCCAAAGUGGAAGCACAGCGAAAUUUGCUAAUUUUCCCAUUUUUAAUAUGUUUGCCUUACACGUGCAAUUCACUUUGAAUUCCUGACAAUUCUUACUUUAGUGAAUAACCUUAUCCAUUCACAUCUUUACUGCUUGUUGGACAGUUUUAUUUCACAGUAGAAGUUCAAAUCAAAGUUACAUUUGAGAAAUGUUAACUUGUGUAUGUAGCUGUGUUUAUGCAUGGUUUAUUCAUUAUUGGGACAGAGGUUUGAGUGUGAACAUUCCAUCAUCUAGUGAUAUUGAACCAUCAGGAUGACCUCUGUAGCAAAAAUAAUGACUUGAAUCAUUGUUCAGUUGUUUCACUGGUUUAGUAUCCUUCUAAUUUUCUUUGGUUGUAUGGGGUUUAUUUACUAAACAGUGAAUUGUUAUGAAUUGACAAAGGAAUUACUUUGUUUAGGUCACAUUAGCUAGGAUGAGAAAACGCAUUUAUUCUAUUCUGUAUUUUGAAACACCUUUUUUCAAUUUGCACCAAUUCCCUGCCUAGCAAAUUAAUUCUUUUGUCUAAAUGUCUUCAGUCAAAAUGAGUUCCUUUGUCUAAAUUUCAAUCAUAAGCCUGUUACGUCCAUUCUGACAGCUGAAGAAAUUAUUGGGUAGUUUUAUAGUUCAUGAUUAUAGAUUGCAAAUUUACAGAUUGCAAAUAUGCAAAGUCAAAUGGCUAGGAUAAUCUUAAAAACCAAAUGAAGGCUACAUCUUUUCCAGGACACCUAAUUAAUUUUUAUAUCCGUCAUUGGGCUGUUUCUCAUACUUAUUUGCUUUACUUUUUAGCGUAAGACAGAGCUCUCUAAUUUGAAAAGGUAUAUUUUUAAAUUAAGUGUUAACUGCCUCACAUAUAUGACUUAAUGGGCAACACAAACUAAAAAACGAUAAUGUCUAACUACUGUAUAGUCUAUUUGCCAGGCUUUUACAUAAGUAAAUGAUUUAUUUCCCAGGCUUCUUUAAUGGCUACACCAAGCACCAUGAUCACUUCAGUGAUUUCAAUUGGUCACAGUGCCUCGAGUCUGUAUUUGCAGCAUUUCACUAUUUAACCUCUUUGUUGCCAGAGGUGUAACUCCAACUCCGGCAGCGUCAUUUGGGUAUCAGAACAAGACUUCUUUAAUGGCUAAUGUCAAUUUUGUGCAUAUUUUUAUGUCAUUCAUUAUCACAUGAGUGUUGAGGUGAUUGUCAUCAGGCUUCUGCAGGUCACCAGAGCUGCAAGGACCACUCUGGGUACCAUAAUCACUUCAUCUCAAUGAUAGGUGUGUACAUUUCUAAAGAGAUAUGUUAAAUCAGCCUUAUGUGAAUAAGCUCCUUAAUAUUUUGUCUUUUAUAAUGUUGUCUUUCCUAUAUUUUCUUAUUUCUUCUGUAGCUUACUCUUGUUGACAUAUUCAAGUGGUCAGAUUCAGAUUUUUACAUUGUACCAAUAUCUCUGCAUUUAUCCCUACAUGUAUCUCCAUGUAAUUCUGCCUUUGUACGGUUGAAUGACUAUAAUAGUGCAAUACUCUUGAGCCAUUCUCCUUCCUGCCAGUCUCCUUUCUUACUCCCUAAACCUGUCUUUCAGCCUCAAAGCUAAAUUGGCCUGUGAGAAUGCUACACACUAUUCCUGGCAAUGAAAUAGUCCAUGACGGAUCCACCAUAUUCCCCCCACAGCCACUAGCUCAGCGUCGGACACGGCGACAUCGUACUAUCUUUACAGAGGAGCAGCUGCAGGCACUGGAAGAAACGUUCCACCAUAACCAGUAUCCAGAUGUGAUUGCUCGAGAACAGCUGGCUGGCAGGAUUCAGCUCAGAGAAGAGAGAGUGGAGGUACACGGAUGAUAGAUAGUAAUAAGGAAAUGAGAGUGAGAGUCUGAUUAUUGUAAAAAUGCAAGAAAAUAAAGAAUAUGUGUAAACAUAGAGAAAAGGGGGAGAUUGGGAUGAAGUGUGGAAGAGUUCAAUGACCCUGGCCUGGUUUUCCAGUAAUGGGACAAACCAUUUGGCCACAUUACCGGACUGGUUUGCUACAAUAUGUGGGUCCCUGCUGGGCUCCAAUACUCCCUGGUGGUCCAGUGACGUGCUUUUUGAUGACAUUCCAAUAACACUGCCGGAUAUGGAGUUAAACCUUCAAUAGCAGAGGAGUUAAACUCAGUUUGUGCUGCAUUUCAGAGUGAAACUCUGCACGUACAGACACCAGACAGCAUCACCACUUCAAAUCACUGAAGUGGUCAUGGUGCUUGGAGUAACCCGUUAAGCAAGUUUUAUUUUUUGAGUCCUCAACAGUGAUGGCAGCAAGAGUCCAGUCUGGUAAUAAAGGCCUAAGUUGACCCUGUAGAAAUGCCUCAGUAUGCUUGCCCAUUUUCAAUAUGGAAAGGAUGUAAUCCUCAAAAUAUUUGUAUUGUUCACCAAAGAUUAAAAAAUAAAAGGAUCUCUCUUUUAAUUCUAGUUUGUCAUCAGUGCCAUGUGUGCCUGUCUCUUGAAUUUAUAACAUUUUUGUUUUUAUAGGCAACAGCAAUACUGUUGUUACAUGAUUGCAGCUGUAUGAUAUGUAUUUUAUACUUCUAAUGGUCCUCUAUUUCCUUUUUUUUUUUUUUGUAGACAAUAAAACCAGAUGGCUAGGAGAUUGUAACAUGUCAUUAAUUAAAGUUUAAAGGGAUUUAAAAGUCUAGUUAUGACAACUGUGAUGUGAUAGUAUGCAUAAUUACAUCUUCACAUUUCUAGGUAUGGUUUAAGAACCGCAGAGCCAAAUGGAGAAGACAAAAGAGAGUGACUUCUUCAGUAAUCAUCCUUCAAGGAGCAACGGACAGGAACGAGUCCUGCUAA